AUGGUUCUCAUCAACGGUUGUUUAACGAGUAUAACACUCGCUAUUGCUGCUGUGCUAUCUGAAGCAAUUCCUGUUAAGCAGCGAUUCGAGGCUCGACAAGAGCAAGACUCAUCAAAUGGACUGACAGAUGCUGUGACUUGGGACACUUAUACGCUUCGCGUCAAUGGCGAGAGAGUAUUCCUUACGAGUGGCGAGUUUCACUACUACCGCCUUCCUUCGCCUGAUCUGUGGAGAGACAUUUUGCAAAAGUUCAAGGCGUUGGAGUUCAGUGGAGUCUCGUACUAUUUCAAUUGGGGAUACCAUUCGCCUAAAAAAGGUGUAUAUGACUUUACAGGCAUUCGCGACGUUCAAAAAGCAUUGGAUCUUGCUUCUGAAUACGGACUUCAUGUCAUUGCGCGUGCAGGUCCUUACAUUAAUGCCGAAGUGGAUGCUGGUGGUUUUCCAGGAUGGCUCAUGAACAUGUCAAGUGUUGCAAGAAAAAGUACACCAGAGAAUAAUGCAAAUAGCAAAGAAUGGUUGAAUGAAAUCGACAAGUAUCUCGUGCCGAACCAGGCGUCACAUGGUGGUCCGAUUAUUUUAAAUCAACUCGACAAUGAGUACGCCUUAAACACCGAUCCUCACUACAUGCAGUUUAUCAAGGACACGUUUCACGAGGAUGGCAUUGUUGUCCCUCUGAUCCAUAACGAUGCAGGUCCAAGAGCUGGCUUCGUUACUGGACUGGGAUCGGCAGAUAUCUAUGGAUGGGGUAUUGUAUCCAGCUACUUUUCUUUUGCAAUGCAUGGUGAUUUGCUAAAGAAAAUGUUAUUUUGUUCCAAAGAUCGAUAUCCUGUAGGUUUUGACUGCAGUAAUCCAGAGCGAUGGGCAACUGCACGUGAAGCAAUUAGCUGGCGGGAAUUCCACGAGCAAACCAAUGACAACCAGCCUAUGGCUGUUUAUGAGUUUCAAGGUGGUGCGUUCGAUCCAUGGGGCGGUGUAGGCUACGAUUCGUGCCGCCAAAUGGUGAACGAGCAGUUUGCCAAAGUCUAUUACAAGAACAAUCUGGCUCAGGGCACCACAAUUCAAAACUUGUACAUGACUUAUGGAGGUACAAGCUGGGGAGGCUUAGCUAAGCCAACUGUAUACACUUCUUACGAUUACGGAGCACCUAUCUCUGAGCCUGGUCUCAUGACACCCAAAGGAUACGAAAUUAAACUUCAAGGAACGUUCUUACAUACUGUAACACCCUUCUUGACAACGGAGCAUUUUGACGCAGAGACGACCAACGAGAAUAUUUUGGUAGACGGCUUAUAUGAUAUCAACACAUCGACCAAGUUUUAUAUCGCUCAGCAUCUUGAAGUCGGCUCAACAGAUUUCGAUGAAUUUACUAUCAAGAUGAAUACGACCUUGGGCGAGUUUAAUGUUCCACGAAGCAGUAAACUUGUUUUAAACGGUCGAGAUGCAAAGAUAUUAACAUCCGAUUACAACUUUGAUUCGCAGCACUUGGCCUACACAACGAGCGAAAUAUUUACCCACCAAGCAAUGAAAUCACACGAUGUCAUUCUUGUAUAUGCUUAUGAAGGCGAGGAUGGUGAAUUUGCCAUCAAAGUCAGAAACGAUAACAAGGUGCAUGUCGACAUCGAGGACAGCGACAGCUCCGUCCAAACGGAUAUCAAAGAUGGCAUCCUUCAGCUCACAUAUCAGCAUCCCAACGGUACACUUCCAAUUUAUAUCAGUGGUGCCGGCAAAAAAGAUCUCCUUGUACUUGUCUCUGGCUACUCGGAUGCUACAAGAUGGUGGGCACCCACUGUAGGAAAAGAUCUUCAGGAACGGGUACUAAUUUAUGGGCCAUACUUGAUCCGUGGAGCGGAAAUCUCCAAAAAGACCGUAUCCUUCACCGGUGACAUCGAUAAAACGACCGAGAUUCAAGUUGUUGUGCCUGAUAAUAUUAAGUCGUUCAAAUGGAACGGCAGGGACAUCACAUUGACCAAGAAUGCUUACGGCAUCUGGACAGGCACGCUGGAGUUUACGGAGCCAGAAGUAGAGUACACCGAUCUUGGCAAAGCCAAGUGGAAGUAUAGUCCCGGUUCUCCAGAAUCUGAUCCAGAUUUCGACGAUUCUGAGUGGGUUACUGCUGACCAUCUUACCACGAACUCUAUUACACCGCAUGAGACAUGGCCAAUUCUUUAUGCCGACGACUACGGCUUCCAUACUGGAUGCAUUUGGCUUCGCGGAACAUUUAAUGGUACUUCUGAGAUCACUGGAUUUGAUCUCACAGCUAUUUCGGGAGAUGCCUCGGCCUGGAUUGCGUGGUUGAACGGGGAGUACCUUGGUGGUUUUGACGUUGGAAACCAAGCCUUCACCAAUUUGAACGGUACACUUAUUGAUGCCGAAGGUGAAAACGUAAUUUCUUUACUUCUAUGGACAACUGGCCAUGAGGAUGACUGGGAUGCAGACGAUUUAUUCAAGACAGCUCGUGGCUUCACGAAAGCCGAACUCCUUGGUCUCGAUAAUCAGACUAUUUGGUCUAUUGACUGGAAAAUUCAAGGUAAUCUCGGUGGUGAAGACUUAGCUGACCCUGUUCGCGGUCCAUAUAAUGAGGGCGGUCUGUAUGGCGAGCGCAACGGCUGGCAUUUGCCCGGUUUCCCUGACAACGAUUGGGAAGAAGCCUCUAUUUCUGAGAGUACGAAUCGCACUGGUGUCUCAUGGUACCGCACUACAUUCAAUGUCAAUAUUCCGGAGGGAUACGACGUCCCCAUGAGUCUACGCUAUAUCGAUGAUACCAAAACCCGUUAUCGCAGCAUUUUUUUCUUGAACGGCUGGAACAUGGGUCGCUAUGCCAAUGAUCUCGGUCCCCAAACCCAGUACUAUUUGCCAAAGGGUAUUUUAAAUACGAAUGGCGAGAACACUCUGGCUAUUGCCGUUGUUGCUAUUGACGAGGCCGCUCAGGUUGGCCAAGUCAUUUUGGAGCCUUACAAGAUCCUGGAAUCGGCCAUUCCAUCUGUUGCGUUGGUCGAUUCUCCAACAUACAAAGAUCGCCAGCCAUAAAAUUUUAUUUCCUCAUUAUUAGAUCAUUGACAUCUUUAAAUUUAUUGCACCAUAAAUAAAUGUUAGGACUGUUGUUAACAGAUAAGGCAUGCGAAGUAUUACAUAAUAUAC